GUUCUCAGUCGUCCUGCUAGUGAGUCUGUCUUCAUCUCUGUCUCUUUACACGUGUGCAAAAAACGCCUACAAUUCGGACAUCAACUACUAGUGGGCAUAUUUUGCUAACAGUGUCAAUUCACAGCUGGACACUAUUGCAGAAAUUACAAUGCCCUGUCUGCCUUUAGUUCACGUUAGUAGACCUGAAACAGUGCAACUGUCAGGAAGCACAACACUGAAAGCAGUGAAAGCUGUCUACAACUGGACAGUUUCUGGCUUUGAUAUUUGCCCCGAGGGUGCUGAUAACAUUAGAUCUCCUGUAUUUUCUCACCCAAAUUCGAGUAAAUGGUACGUGCAACUUCAAAAGAGUGAAGGCAACCCGAUGAUGUGCUUCCACCUUGUGAGUAGCAGCAAUUCUGAGCCUGUAAAUGCAACCCUUAAAGCUUCCGUGUUGGAUCAGGAAGGAUCAAAACACUGUGUGUAUCCACCUGUAUUCUGCAGUCUCGAAAUAUGUGGGAUAUCUAGUUUAGUAUGUGUGAAGGACAACUUUGAUGUGAAAGAACUGGGUGAGCACUGGACUUUUGAAUGCGAAGUGUGCACUGUAGAAGUUGUAACGGAGAACACUAGUGAUGCAGACGAAGAAGAACUGCAUUCGGCCUUAGCCGAGGAUCUGGAGCAGUUGCUGAAAUCGAAAAACCUCACAGAUAUCAAGCUGAGUGCCGGAGGAGUCCAGCUGGAUGCACACAGAGCGAUACUGUGUGCACGUAGCCCCGUGUUCAGAGCCAUGCUGAGUCACGACACCAAGGAGGCUCUGGAAGGGCUUGUGGAGAUCUCUGAUGCUGAACCACAGGUUGUGUCAGAGAUGCUGCGCUACAUGUACACGGACAGAAUACAGGUACCGAGUGACACGACAGAGCAACUCUUGGUGCUCUUCGAUAAGUACGGGCUCCAGGAUCCCAAGUUGAAGUGUGAGUUGGAGCUAGCGAGGCACCUCACAAUAGACAGUGCUGCUGAUAUUGCUGUCUAUGCCGUCAUUCACUCGUGCAGCUUCCUGCAGAAGGUGUGUGUGGCUUUCAUUAAGCAGAAUCUCGAGCAGGUGGUCGGGAGUGGAGGCUGGGCAAACAUCAUUGACAAGUAUCCUGCAGCUGUGGAGACAAUCAGCGAAUUGCUCACUGAAGGAUCAGAGAGGUGUUCCUCACAGCCUGCUACAUCUGGGUCACAAUCAGAUUCCACCACAGUGAAUUCUCCAGUCACAGAGUCCACAUCAGCAUGUGCUGGAAGUUCAGAUACUGUGUGGGACUUGGGCUACACAAGCUGUGAAAGAAAGAAAGUGGUCUAUGUCUGGACCAUUUCAGGCUUAACAAACUGGCCCGAGAACAGAGAUUUUGUCGCAUCACCUCGUUUCUGCCAUCCUGAGUCAAUUCAGUGGGAAAUAAGGCUCUAUAAAUUGGGAACAGAAUACCAUGUGUGCUUCCAACUGUUGGAAAAUAAUGAUGGUGGGAGUGUAAUGGUGGAUUUGAGUGUUUCUGUAAUUUCCCCAGAAGGAGAGAGAUGCGGAAUCAAAACAUUACCGGGCUACUGGUUUCAGGAAGGUUCAGAGUCAGAUAAAUUUGAAUGUGGGUGUUUAACUAAUGACACGUUGAAAGUAGAGUGUGAAAUCCGUACAGUGUGUGUCGUGCAGCAGUGUGUUGUGGCAGUUAAGCCAGUGCUGCAGUCUCGUCUUAGACAGGAUCUGCAUUCCCUACUAGAGUCAGGAAAUUUUGCAGAUUUUAAACUGAGUGCCGGGACUGUCGAGAUGAGAGUACACAGAGCGAUACUGGCAGCCCGUAGUCCCUUCUUCGCCCGUAACCUGCGGCCGGGAUCAAAGGUGUUCAAGAAGGGCCAGUUGGAAGUUCCGGAUGUGAAGCCUGAAGUGUUGGCUGACGUUCUGCACUACAUAUACACUGGGGGAGUGAAAAACCUGAGUGACUCCACAGUGGAGCUGCUGGCAGCAGCCCACAGAUUUGAACUGUGUGACCUGAAGAGGGAGUGCCUUGCACAUCUGUCCAACAGGCAGCUCACUGUGGGUAAUGCCGUCGCAACAGCUGUCUGUGCUGUGGAAAACCAGUGUGACGCAUUGUUAAACUCAUCUGUGGAGUUCAUCCGAUCACAUUUCAAGCAGGUGAUGGGGACUACCGAGUGGAUUGAAGCCAUUCGCAGGCACCCUGAAGCUAUCAAGAAAAUCAGUCAAAUGGUAGCAAAAGCUGGAAAGUAGACUCUGGUAUUAAAAGUGUUUUGGAUUCACUACAUGUGUGAACAUGUGUUUUUUCCCAUAGAGUAUGUAUAUUUAUGGAGUAAGUAUAGUCUACUGUGUAUUUUCUCAACAUCAAACCUGGCUAGUCACAUGAUUUAGGGAUGAUGCUGCUUGUCUACAAUUUGAGGUAAUAGUGAAACUUGAAUAUUAUAUGUAUUCGCUUUGUGUUAUAUACAUUUCUGCACAUUUGAGUUUUAGUAACAGCUGUGCUGCAGUAUUGUUGAAGCUAUGGAUGUAAACAGAUGUACAUCAAAGGUGAAUCAGUUUCUUUCAGAGAUAUGUGAAACAAAUGUAUAAAUAUAAAUGUCAUAUUGAUAUGAAAUAAUAUAUAUUUUGAAAAAUAUCGAGACUUGGUAUUAUAAAGUCUUGUAUUGUAGAGAUAAUUUCUGCGAUUUUAUGGCCAGGUGUUUACAAGACAAGUGCUAGAUAAAUUUGCAAGUGUUUUUGAGUAAACUGCCAGUCAGUGUAUACACAUAGGUGCUAUGUUAAUAUGCAGAUAAAGUUUUUGCACAAGUCUGUUUAAUUUCUUCCUAUUUAUGCAGGUUUUCAAACCCUUGUAUGUAUCUAAGUAUUUCUGCAUGAGAAGGUUUCCUAGAGAGUCUCACUGGAACGUAAUUAAUUGGAACAGAAUCAACAAUAUGAAAACCUAAAAAAAAAGCUAUCACUUGUUUUAUUUCUCCAAAAUUUUGAACUUUUUUUCAUGUUGUAUGGUGUUAUUUUGCUGAUGAGAUGGUGAAAAAAUGUCAUAGAUAUUUUACUUGUCUGUAAAAAGCAGAACAGUAAAUAAAGAAAAAUUGAAAAUAAUUAUGUACAAGCAGGUAGUUCAGAUCACUUACCAUACUUGCUGUAACAGUUUUGUAGUUUCAAAUUUGUAGUUUCUUCAUGACACAUCAAAGCCUUCUACAUUGUCAUUAUAACAUAAUUAAUUAGAGCACAGAUUUGACAAUAUGAAUAAGUGCAAUAGAAAGUGUAAAAGUUAUUGUGUUUGCUGUCACUUCUUAUCAUGUUACAAAAAAAAAAAAAAGUAGAAUCUGAAUUAACGCUGUAACAAAAAAGCAUAGUAACAUUGCACUUCAAAUCUUGAAGCCAGCUUCAGUUCCUGGUAUCAAAUUGUUAAGAUGUCUAUAAAAUAGUUAUACAAAGUCCCACAGUACUUCCAACAUGAUCUGUGCGUAGCAGCAAAGUAGCAACACUCAAAAUACACUAAGUGCUAUACAGGCUGAAAUACGCCAUCCCAAACUCAAGUCUCAAGUGAUUUGAGCUGCAGGAGAUUGAUUUUCUUGAAAA